AUGGUGCCAGCUGUACCGGUCGACAUCAACGAGUGGCUGAUUCCCGUCGGCAUCCAUCUGGCCGACACAGAAUUCAACAAGCCGGGACGCAUCGACAUGCUUUUGGGAGUAACCAUGUAUUUUUUCCGGUUGCUAAAAACGGGACAUCUACCGGAACUGCGCGAGACUCACCUCGGUUGGGUCAUCGUCGGAGAUGUUGGAGACACAGCACCAAGCCCGCAGUACACACACACUGCCACACUCGACGACAUCAACGAGGCGAUCCAGAGAUUCUGCCUCGCUCUUCGGCGCUUCCUGUCGCUGGAGCGGCGACUCGCCCGGGACCCUGACUUGAAGCUGCAAUACGGUGAGUUCAUUAGGGAAUAUGAGGAACUGGGGCACUGCAAGUCGGCUGACGAGGCCGACGAUUUACCAAACACGAGCCGCUACUACAUGCCCCAUCACGCGAUCCUACACCCCUCGAGCUCCACGAUCAAGUUGCGUGUCGUAUUUGACGCGUCUGCAAAGAUGUCUCCCACGAGCGUGUCCCUGAACGAAGCCCUUCAGGUCGGAGGCACUGUCCAGAGCGAUCUGUUCUCCAUCCUCCUUGCCUUCCGGAAGCACCCCGUCGCCUUCACUGCAGACCUCUCGAAAAUGUACCGCAAGAUUCGAGUGGCCCUGUCUGACACCCGCUUCCAGCGAAUCUUCUGGCGGGCCGAUCCGUCUGAGUUCAUCCGGGUCCUGGAACUCACUACGGUGACUUACGGUACGACGUCCGCUCCCUUUCUUGCGCGAUGUCUGGUCCAGCUCUGCGACGAUGAAGGUGAACAUUUUCCGCGAGCUGCCAAAAUCGUGCGCGAGGCCUGCUACGUUGAUGACAUCCUCUCUGGUGCGAGCUCUCCCGAUGAAGCAAUUGAUUGUCUGACGCAACUGCAAGGCAUGCUCGGUCGCGGUGGAUUUCCCAUCCACAAGUGGACAUCCAAUGAGCCAGUUGUGAUGGAACGCAUACCUGAGUGUGAUCGCGAGAAGCUGAUCGACCUGGACGGAUUGGUCGGCGGUGUGGUCAAGGCCCUGGGGCUCUAUUGGAGUCCAGGAGACGACGAGUUCCGUUUCACUGUUACCCAAGUUGUGCUUGCGUGGUUCAAGAAACCGCUGGACCUACUUCAAACGUUCGUGCGCAACCGCGUCGCGGAGAUCCGGAGAGAGACCGGUAGCUUCAUCUUCAAGUACAUUCGUUCCAAGGACAACCCGGCCGAUCUGAUCUCGCGCGGCAUGUUUCCUGCCGCCCUGAUGAAAUGCAGUAAGUGGUGGGAAGGUCCAGAGUUUUUGGAGUCCGUCGAGUAUGAGGAAGAGCCUAAAAUCGAGAUACCGGACAGGGAGUUGCCCGAGAUGCGUAAGGUGAAGUUGGUUACCCUGCUGGCCUGCAACACGACCGAGUUCCCGAUCUUCGAGAACUGCAGCUUAUUCCGGAAGCUGCAACGGAUAAUGGCGUACGUGCUGCGUUUCGUGACCAACUGCAGGUUCAAGAACUCCACGAAACGGACCCGUCUACGCCAAACCAUCCCUGAACUGCGGUCGUCCCUGAAGCUGAUCGUGAGGGUUGUACAGCACGACGUGCUGUCUCAAGAAAUCCAACAAGUGGCCGAGAACGACACGGCCGGGCGUCUCCAAGUGUUCGGAGCGGACUGUAUUUUCACUUCAUUUCUCGGCGGACUUGGGGAACCAGUUUUGGGAGGAUCGGAACGAUUAAUUUGUGUUUCCUUCCGACGAUCGCGACGACUUAGCUCUACGUCCGACCGGUUCGGCUGCUUGCGAUGA